AUGCAUAAUAACAAGAUAGAGGUGAGAGAUUUGCCAAAGGAUAUCACAGGUCCAAACCAGAAUAUUAAUCUGAUGUCAAGCCCUAGUUUUAGCGAGGUGGAAUUUUUUGAUGCACGAGAAACAUCGUCAGAUGUAGUAGAAGAACUCAUUGUGGGGAGGACAGAAGAAAAGGAGAAAAUAAUGACUUCUUUACUUCUGGUCAUGUCGGAAAACCUUGUCAUCCUUCCUAUACAUGGCAUUGGAGGCAUUGGCAAGACAACUUUUGCAAGAUUGAUUUACAAUGAUACAAAGUUCAGAUAUUAUUCACAUGUGUGGGUUAAUGUGUCCCAGAGAUUUGACUUGAACAAGAUUGGUGAGUCUAUUAUUUCACAACUAUGUGAAAAAGAGAGCCAGGCUAAUGAAAGACAAAUGACACAUAGUUGCCUCAUGAAGCUACUUUCUGGUAAGAAGAUUAUUAUUGUUUUAGAUGACUUAUGGGAGGAUAAUCACUUCCAGCUGCAGGAAUUGAAGGAUGCGCUAUAUCAUGAUGAAAGCAACAUAAUUAUUUUAGUAACAACACGUAGUGACCGUGUUGCACUGAGAAUCUGUAGUAAUCUUCAACCAUACAAGAUAUUACCCCUGACAAAUGACAUGUGCUGGGAUAUAAUUAAACAAAGAAGUGGUUUUGAAACUAGAGAUGACAAAGAACAAUUGACAUCUAUAGGUCAGGAGAUUGCUCGGAAGUGUGGUGGUGUACCUUUAGCAGCUCGAUCUCUGGGAUUCACUUUGCGGAAUGUGAAUUUUGACCAAUGGAUGAAAGUGAAAGAUAAUGAAAUCUGGAAUGAAUCUGUUUUAGGGGAUGCAUCUUUGCCGAAUCAAGUUCUUGCCUCUUUGAUGUUAAGCUAUAGCUAUAUGGCACCAUGUUUGAAGAUAUGCUUUACCUAUUGUGCAAUUUUUCCAAAAGGUCACAAGAUAGUUAAAGAAGACCUAAUUUACCAAUGGAUUUCUUUGGGUUUCAUCAAGACAACACAGUUACUCUCAAUUUUGCAGAUCUGUGAGAAAUAUGUCAUGCAGCUCCUAGGUCUGUCUUUCAUUCAAUUAUACCCCAAGAGUUCUGACCUGUAUCAUGAGCAAGUGGAAAUUUUCAGCAUGCACGAUCUGGUACAUGAUUUGGCAAUUUCACUCCUUGGUAAUCAAGUUCUGGAUCAGAGCAAACAAGGAAACUCUAGGGGAAGCAGCUGCCAAUAUGCAUUGCUCGCAGAUUGCAGCAAGCCACUCGAGUUAUGCUUGACUUCUCGUGCAAGGCUAAUAGCAAUGCGUUUUCUUGAGUGUCGCAGCACCGAACUACGUGGUGCUGCAUUUGCACCUGCUAGGUCCCUGCGGGUACUGGAUUUAAGUGAGUGCUCCAUACUCAAGUUGCCACAAUCCAUUGGUCAAUUGAGGCAGUUGAGAUAUCUUAACGCUCCUGGGGUCCAGGAUAGGAUGCUUCCAGAAAGUAUCACAGAGCUCUCUCAUCUAAUUUACCUCAAUAUUCAAGGAUCUUCUACCAUCUCAGCACUACCAGAGUCAAUUGGAGAAAUGGCAAGUCUGAUUCAUCUUGAUUUAUCACGCUGCAAUGGAAUCUAUCAAUUACCAGUCUCUUUCAGGAAUCUGGAAAAUCUGGUUCAUCUUAAUUUGUCAGGUUGCUAUAAUAUGUCAGGUGUGACUGCAUCAUUGGGAAGCCUGAGCCGACUGGAGCAUUUGAGCUUAUAUUGCUGCAUGAUUGAUGGAGACCUGGCAAAAGCAUUGGGUGGCCUCACAGAACUGCAAUCUUUGAAUUUAUCACGUGUUGUGUGUUCAGGAAACCACUGCAAAGGGUUAGGACAAGUCCUGGUUAAUCUCAGCAAACUCAGAUAUUUGAAUAUACAAGAUUUCCUUCAUAAAGCUGGAGGUGACAGCUUCCUUGAGUUCAUCAUUAGGCUUUCCAAUCUAGAGCAUCUUGAUUUAAGUUCGAAUAAUUUGCGUAGUAUACCAGAAACCAUUGAGAACCUCAGCAGCCUACAGACACUAGAUCUCUCACACUGCAUCAACCUGGAGAGGUUGCCAGCUAGCAUAUCAGGAAUUGAUAGUCUGAAGUUUUUAAAUGUAGCGAGUUGCUACAUGUUGGAUGAGUCCACUCUACCUCAGUACUACAAGAAUAGUGCAAUGUUGUUACCAAGAUUUGUGGUCCAUUCUGGUUAUGGUGAAUCUAGCAGUAAUCUUUUUCAGCUUGAAUUUGAAAAUCCUACUGUUUUGGAGAUCAACAGGCUUGAAAAUGUGAAGUCUGCAGAAGAGGCACAGAGAAUAAAGCUGGUGGACAAGCAGAAUAUUCAGGACCUAAAGUUACUGUGGACUAGAGAUGCGGAGAGAUUUGUGGAUGACACAGAACUUUUGAAACGACUAGUGCCACCACCAAGUGUAGAAAAUUUCAGGCUGGAAGGUUAUACUAGCAUAAGCUUUCCAUCCUGGAUGAUGGACAUCGUCAUUUAUUUGCCUCAUCUUGUAGAAAUUAGCCUGUACGACUUGCCCAGUUGCAAUAACCUACCACCACUUGGUCAGUUACCAAACCUCAAGAGUCUGUGUAUCGGAGGAAUGGACAGCAUAAGGAAGAUUGACCAGGACUUGUACGGGGGCAUAAGAGCAUUUCCUCAGCUUGAGAGCAUUCAACUGGCGGAGAUGAAAUGCUUGGAGGACUGGAACACAUCCUACCCCAGUCCCAGUGGUGAGGAUGGCUCGAAUGAGCUCGUGUUCCCCACCCUCAAUUAUAUAGAAAUAGCAAACUGCCCCAAAGUAAGAUACAAACGGUUCUCACCUCUAACUAAGAGGAUGGUCAUAAAUGGUAGCGACCAAGUAAUAUUGUCAUCAUGGGAGUUCAGAGGUCAUGUCGGUGCUUCCUCCUUAGCUGCAACCACCGAGCUUUACGUGGAACAUUGUGCAGCGCCUCUGCAUCAGUGGCGCUUACUUCUCCACCUCCCGUACCUCAACUUUUUAGAGAUCACCCAAUGCAGUGAUCUUACAUGCAGCUCAACAGAUUUGCUUCCAUGUCUCGCUUCCCUCAAGACUAUAUCUUUUAAAGAUUGCAAAUUCGUUGAGGCGCUGCCGGACUGGUUGGGUGACCUCACCUCUCUCAAGGCACUUGCGAUAACUGAUUGUGAAGGCUUCAAGGCUUUGCCAGAGAGCAUACAACAACUCACCUGCCUCCAGCGCCUAAAAAUUGACGGCUGCCCUGAGCUAGUUCAGCUUCCAUGUCUCCCCUCAGUCGAGUCUCUCCUUGUCAGACAAUGCAAAACAAUUGCUGAACUGCCAGAGAGGCUUGGAGACCACACCUCUCUCAAGGAACUCAUUUUAGUGAAUUGCGAAGGCAUCAAAACUCUACCAGAAAGCAUACAACAAGUCACAUGCUUCCAACGCCUAACAAUUAAUGCCUGUCCAGAACUAGUUCAGUGGUUCAAAUCAGAGGAGAAUAAGAUGAAGCUCCCUCAAAUAAAAGAAAUCAUCAAGGAGGUGGAAAGAACCGAGCUGGCCGCCUUCCAUCUACAGGGACAGCAUUCACAUGGUUCAUCCGCUUCGAAAGGGACUCAAGCACUCCAUCUUAGCAAACGUUCUCGGCAACUAUCAGGAAACGUUUCGGCCCAACGCCGGCACAGAACCUACUCGAAGACCUCUCAGCAACCAAACAAACAGCCCUACAGCUCAAUCGAACAGGCACUAGAUCAUAUAACAGUCGCAGUGGCAAACGACGACAGGAUCGGCAAUGUCGGAAUCUACAGGAACAUCAAUAUCCAGAUCGACACAGAGCUCAUUAAUAUUGACUGCUACAGCAUACCCUUGAGAGGCUACGACUUUGUCCUAGGAGUCAACUGGUUAAGCUUCCUCGGACCAAUCAUAUGGGACUUUCAAAACUUGAUAAUGAAAUUCUGGCGUCAAGGAAAAUGA